AUGGCUGACUAAGGUCAUCAUAGAAAUCGAAUUCAUUAUGAUCCAUAUCAUUUGAUAAGAGUAGCGAACAUGGCCCUCCACAUGCUGCAUGAAGCUAUUAUGAAUGACUUGAAGGUACUAGUGUAUCCUUUUAGCCAUGAAUAAGAAAAAUAUGCAGUCAUUAAAAGCAAUGCACAAGGCUAAACAUAAGCAGCUAACUCGGUGGCUGGCCCAGUUCCAAGAGAUCUCCCAAAUAAGAUAAUGUCCUUACUUGCUAUCCUUAAAUGCUAGGUCAAGUAAUCCCAAACAGUUAAAGCAUCUUCUAGAAUACCCUCAGCUGAAGGUGUUCCAGGAUAUAUACCAUACCCUGGAUAUUCAAUAGCGAUGACAUGA